AUGAGACCUUUCUCUGCGUCCAAGAGCUCAGUAGGGAGCUCCUCCCUUCUUGGUUACAUCAUAAUCUUCAUUUCUCUUCUUGUUCACAAGUUGGACUCAGCACACUUCUCAGUGAUUGGACCCAAUCACGCUAUCACCGCUUCUGUAGGUGAUGAAGUCACAUUAGCCUGUCACCUGUCACCCAGCAUGAGUGCUGAGAACAUGGAGGUACGAUGGUACCGGGCUCAGUUUUCUUCAGUUGUGCACCUGUACCGUGAAGGGAAGGAUCAGUAUACGGAGCAGAUGUCAGAAUAUCGGCAAAGGACAGAGUUUCUGAAAGACGGCCUGGCUGAUGGAAGAGUUGCCUUGAGGAUAGGCAAUAUCAGACUCUCUGAUUCAGGGCUGUACAUGUGUUUCUUUCGAUCAGAGUUCUCAUAUCAGGAAGCUGCAUUGGAACUACAGGUAUCAGUUUCAGGUACUAAUCCCCUGAUCUCUAUUGAGGGUUACCAGGACGGAGGUAUCCGAAUGGUGUGUCGAUCGGGUGGAUGGUAUCCAGAGCCUCAGUCACUGUGGAAGGACCUCAAAGGACAGCCUCUUCCAUCAUUGCCUGCAAAAUACUUCCGUGAUGAAAAUGGCCUGUUUCAGACUGAAUCUGUACUUAUUGUAACAGAAAAUUCCAACCAGAAUCUGACCUGCACAAUCAGAAACAACAUCUUGAACGAAAAAGAGGUAUCAAGCGUUUAUAUAGCAGAUUCUCUGCACUCUAAAUUGAAAGACUUUGAAGGUAAGUUUAUGGGUUGUAUGGAGCAAGAAUAUCACCAAAAAUAUGACAAUAUGAAUCUCAUAUUUCAUUCUCUUCUUCCUCUAGAAAAACUACGAUUUCAAGUGGAGAAAGAGAAAGAAAAAUAUCUUUCAGGAUUUGUGCUCAGAAAAGCCCGAAGAUUUGCAGUGAAUGUGACUCUGGAUCGAGAAACGGCACAUCCUGAACUCUGGGUCUCAGAGGACCUCAAAAGUGUGAAAUGUGCAGACAUAACGGAGGAACAACCUGAAGAUCUGGACACUGUUGAUUCUUAUCGCUGUGUCCUGGGCUCUGAGAGAUUUAACUCUGGGAGACAUUACUGGGAAGUGGAGCUUAAGAACAAGACUAUGUGGCACCUGGGGGUUUGUGCUGAAUCAGAAAACAGGGAGAGGUACAAAAGUAUAGCACCUGAAGGUGGAUACUGGGCCAUAAGGUUGUGGAAUGGAGAAUACAAAGCCCUCUCCACUCCUCGGACAACAAUCACCUUGGAAAUGAAACCCACAAGGGUUGGGAUUUUUCUGGACUAUAAGGCAGGAGAGCUCUCAUUUUACAAUUUGUCUGAUGACUCCCAUAUCUACACUUUCAAAUAUAGCUUCCCUGGGACACUCCGGCCUUUCUUCAGUCCAGGUAUACAUGGAUCUAAAGAAGAUGCUCCCCUGACCAUCUUCCCAGUUACAGCCUACCAAACAGCUGAUCGGCAGGUGGCCGAUGGGUGCUGAGCACC